AAUGGUCGCAAUCAAACUUUUAAUACUAUGCUCAGCUGUUGCUGUAGCUUUAGCAAAAAUUGACAAUGGUAAAACGUGUCUUCGAAUGAAAAGUUAUUGUGUUGAGAACGCCGAAUGCAAAGGAACUGAAGAUUCAAAAUGGAACUGUUUAUUAGGAACAUGCGAAUGUAAGAAUGGUUACUUUCCAAAGUCACCUACAGAAUGCGCUAAAUAUAAGGACUUUGGUGAAACAUGUACCGGUAAUGGAGAUAGGUGUAAUACUAAAAAUUUGAUUUGCGAUACUACUUGUAAAUGUAAAGACGAUAAAUUUGAAAUAGACGGUACUGGAUGUAAACUUAAAAAAAAUGAAGAGAAAGAACUUAAAGAUGCCUGCACAGAAGAUUUGCAAUGUGUUAAAGGUCUUGCAAAGGGUUCUGCUAGUUGCCAGGGAGGAACUUGUAAAUGUCUUCCGCCUUGGACAACUGUUGGUAAAACGUGUGUAAAUCAAGAAUAUGAUAAAUCCUGCAAAGAUGCAGAUACAGCAAGUGAAAAAUGUAGACGAGGAACUGAAAAUCUUGAAUGUAAGAGCGAUAAAUGCGUCUGCAAAACCGAUUUUAAAUAUAACGCACGAGUAAAGAAGUGCCUGCACAAAGAUUCUAGAGAGAAUAGGAAGGAAGGAGAAACUUGUUCACCUGCAAUCAUCGCAGACAACACAAAAUGGGAUAUUUGUGAAAAUAAAUUUGUCUGCAGAAAAUGUUCAAGUGACACCUCUGCUGAUGGAUUCUGUGUUGAUGUCAAUAAAGUCAAUCCGAAUAAUUGUAAUGGAUCAGCCAACAUUUCUGCAAGCGUUGCACUACUAUUGACAGCCGUUUUAGCUUUUUUGGCUUACUAA